AUGUCCUACCUGGUACACACCGCUCGCCAUCCACUACGCGUCCUUCCUCCUCAAUGCUCCCUUCGCCAUCUUCGUCCAAGUCCAGCACGCUCAUUCCACACAUCCCCGGUGGCUCGUGACUUUCACUUCGACACACACCACUUUGUGCAACGUCUAGAGCGCGAAGGUCUGAACCGUGCCCAGGCCGAAGGUAUCAUGUCUGCAAUGGCAGAGGUGAUAGACGAGAGCAUAAGGAACAUGACCAGCAAUAUGGUUACCAAAGCAGAUCAAGAAAAGCACCAAUAUACCCAACAAGUUGACUUUGCGCAAAUCAAGUCCGAGCUUCAACUCAUGGAGAAAAAUGACCUUGCCAUGAUCAAAGCAGAGAACGACCGUCUCGUGACCGACAUAGAGAAGCUCAAGCAGCGACUUCGUGAGGAAAUCACCCGGACUCAAGCUGGUGUCCGGUUAGACUUGAAUCUCGAGAAAGGAAGAAUGCGUGAAGAGAGCAGUGGGCAGGAGUUAAAGAUCAAAGAAGUUGAUACUCGUAUAGAACAGGAAAUUGCCCACCUACGGACAGCAAUACAAGCAUCAAAGGCUACCACUUUGCAGUAUCUUGUCGGAUUUGUGACAGGUUGUUCUGCACUGCUGAUGGCGUACCUACGGUUUAGAGUUUAG